CCUCAUACAGGUAUCUGCAGAGGAUGGACUAACUGAGGAGACCUUGCUUGGUGAUUAAACUGCAAAUAACGCGAAAUACUCCUACUCCCCCAACCCACCCCCUACUUCUCCUUUAAGACUCUCUUUAUAUUCAGGACGUCACAAGUGCGUUAACUGGCAACUGGUGUGACAUUAGAUGAAGGGGUUGGGUCACAGUUACUGCUAAAUGAGCCAACUCUUCUUAACUUUCACGUUCACCGCUUCCAUCAGCUACAAAGUGUAGGGCUACUCAACAACUUCUGCUUUCAGCCACCAUGAGUUAGCUGUUGCAACACAUUUCAGUCUCCCUUUGAUCACUUUAUUAGCGUGAUUUUAAACCAAAGUGUCGAGUGUAACUUUGCACCCAAUGAUAAUCACACAAAUCUGAGGAGUGAGCAUGGAGUUGCGGUUUGGAUAACAUCAGGUUCAACAUGUUCUGGUUUGCCUCUGAGCCGCAGGGCCUGCUUUGGGAGUUGCUUUUGAUGGGAGUUAUGUUAGAUGCUGCGUGCCCUCCGACAUGUCACUGCGAACAAUUUCAAGUGAAUUGCAGCAACGCUGACCUGACGACCUUUCCAAUAGCCCUUCCACUGAACACCAGGCGCCUCCACUUGAACAGCAACGGCAUCGCCGAGAUCAAUUCUCUGGAACUCAACCUGCUCAGCGACUUGGUCUAUCUGGAUUGCAGCCAUAACAGAAUAGCAGAGAUUUCGAGGCUGCAUUUCAUCGGCGUGGUGAAGCUGGUCUACCUGGACCUCAGUUACAACAACUUGAAUAGGAUUAGCUGGACGACUUUCGGGCCUUUAACUAACUUGAUCACCUUGAGGCUCGACAACAACCAGAAUCUGAGCGAAAUCGAGAGCGGCGCCUUUUCGACCAACGUGGGGCUUCGUGAAGUCAAUCUCAGCAACAACGGCUUGUUAUAUUUGAACACUACCUCGUUAAGGAACCUUGAAGGGUUGAAGGCCAUUUACUUGGCUGGUAAUCCCUGGGAAUGUCAGUGCACAAUUGCACAUCUCAGUGAGUGGAUGUAUGAAAACAAUGAAACCUUUCCAGAUGAAGAUAACACUUUAUGCACUUUGCCAAAAUCAAUGGUUGGAAUUCCUGUCUCCGUGGCUUUAAUCAAGAUAUUCGAUAUUUGUCGCACACCUCUGGGUUACUUCGACUAUUUAUUUUUCGUAAUAGUUGGUUUCGCAAUAUUUAUCAGUGGUAUCGUUGUUGCCUCGCUUGCAGGUACAGUGAUGGUCUUCUUUGAACAUCAUAAGUUGUUUAAAGAUGAUGAUGAAGAAGACAUCAAACAAUAUAGGUCAGAUAAGACUACUGGAAGGUUUACCAACAUCAACUUAUGAUAGGGGACCUUGCAGAAAUAUCAUGCUACCACUACAUGUGUGUAAUUACCAAGGUCAUCUGUAGGUGUCAUUAUUAUGGUCACAUGCCAAUGGAUCAAUGCAAUGAUAUAUUGUGGAAAACUGGAGUGCAUCACUCUUAAAUUAUCAUGGUUCUUGUUACUUUACACUUCCUUUGCUGUUUAUGUAUUAUCAGUAAUAUACAUUUAUUUUG